AUGGAUAAAAAUUCAUAAAAAGUUAGAAAAUCUAUUUCAAAUUAUACCUAUGCUUUAAGUGAUUUAAUAGGCUCUGGAUAUUCUUCAAAAGUGUACAAAGGAAUUAAUACAAUCACAAAUUAGGUUGUUGCUAUAAAAGUAAUAAGUAUGUAACAAUUAAAUACUCCAAUUUCAAAAAGUUUACUGAAGAAUGAAAUCAAUGUACUUAAAUUAAUAAGUCAUCCAAAUCUAAUGAAAGUAUUUGAAACAUUUGAAAGUUAAAACAACACUUAUUUAAUAUGUGAAUAUUGUAAUGAAGGUGAUUUAGCAGACAUUUUGGAAUCAUCUACAUUUACAGAAACAGAUGCUUUAUAAGUUCUCCAAUAAAUUAUUUAGGGAAUCAAAGCAUUACAUGAUAAAAGUAACACCUUUUAAGUAAAGUUUAAUAGAGAUAAUACAUAGAGAUAUUAAACCAGCCAACAUUUUGAAAUCUGAUGGUGUAUAUAAACUAGCUGAUUUUGGUUUUGCUGUUAUUGAGAAUUAAUAUGAAAGCAUAAUCAAAAAGUUUAAUGUUGGAACUCCAAUGUACAUGGCUCCAGAAACAAUUUAAUGUAAUGAAUAUUCUGAAAAAUCUGAUAUAUGGGCAUUGGGUAUAGUUUUGUAUUAAAUGCUAUAUAAACAACUACCUUCAAAUUUAAAAUAAGUAAACGAUAUUGAAAAAAAACAUUCUUUGUUAAUUAAUAAAAUUCUAACCGACAAUUAAACAUCUAAUAAAACUAAAGAACUUUUACUUAAUAUGCUUAAUUUUGAUUCAUCAAAAAGAUAUUCUGUUAAUGAAAUUAAUUAAUAACUCAAUCCUACUAUUAAUUCUCCAAAAAGACUUUCUACUACAUCACAUUAAAAUAUACCAUGUAAAUCUAUUAAAUCAAUACCUUCAUCUUUAGAUUAAUAAUCUUAAAGAGUUUUAUUUGAUGAUACAUUAAUAUCAAAAUAAAUCACUAAAAGCCAACCAGAUGAAAUUUUAGAAAAAAAUUUAAUGUUUCCUAAAUCUUAAAAUCUUCAAGAUAACCAUAAACCUAAAAUAAUUAAAGUUAAUUAAAUUAGUUCCUUUAAAGAUCUAAAAAUUAAUUUAAAUCCAUAGAGUGCCAAUGAUUAAUACAAAAUUAAUAAUAAACAAUAAAUCUUAAAAACCUUAAAGCCUUCUUAAACUCUUAAUUUGUAUCCCAUAGGUAAUUCUUAUAAAGAAUCUCCACUUAAAAUACGAGAUGAAUAAUCUACUAAAAGAUUAUAAACUUAAAUUUCCAAUGAAUUUAUUGAUGAAUAAUUUAAAGAUUCUUGUUUCGAAGAUAAAGCAUUUUUAAUUAAAGCACCUUAAAUCUAAACAAACAUUAUCUAAACUCCUUUGAAAACUUCAUUAAAUAAUAAAUCUAAUUUGUAAAAUCCUAUUACUCUUGAUGAAAGUGAGUGUAAAUAAAACAGUCAUUAAAAUAGUACUAAUGAUACAAUUAAACAAAAUUAACUUUCUAAUUGUUUAUAAGUUUUUUAAGAAAAAUAAAAUCUAAAGCAUGAUAAUGAUAUAAAAAAAUUAAAUAAUUAAAAUAAUCAUUUCAAAACUAUCAAAUCACCUGUUAGAAUAAUUAACUCAUAAAAAACCAUUAUAACACCUCCUUUUAAAUCCUCAGGAAUUUGUGAAUAAAAGAAAUCAUAAGACUUUAAACCCAACUAUUUUAUUUAAACUAGAGGAACUUCCCCUAUCUUUUAAUAAGAAUCAUUAUCAAAAUUGAUAUCAAAUUUAUCUAUUGAAAAAGUUACAACAGAAUUCUCUAAAAAGAAAGAAGAUGAAAAAGAAGAAUAACCUCCUGCUAAAAUAAGACCAACUUUUAAAUUCUUAAACUAUCUGAAUUAAAUAAUUAAAAAUUUUGACAAUAUUAAUACAGAAGACAAAUAAAAAUGUUAUUUUCUAUUAAGAAAACUAUUAGGUAUCAAAGCAACUUAUGUAUAAUAAUGCCAUUCAUUAUAUAAAUAAGAAUUAAUAUAACAAUGGAUUGAUAAUUUUUUGUCUUAUUAUUCUAAAGUUGAAAAUGUUUUUUAUACAUCCCCUGAUAAAUCAUUUGAAUAAUUUUUUAAUAAAGAUUUAACCCAAUUUAGUAUUAGUUUUUCAUAACUAUUGUUAUUUUAUCUUUAAAAGAUAACCUUAAUAAAAUUGAAUAAAGAUAUAUAAAUAAUUUCUGAAAUUAUUUCCGAAAAUAUAAGAUAAUCAAAUGAUCCAGUGUUAUUUGCUAGAAGAUGGGAAAAUGAUUAACCUUGA